AUGUGGAGAACUGGAGUAUGGACCCUACUGGCGGCAGUGAGUUGUUUAUGCUGCCUUAGACAUAGCUGGGGUCAAACCGCAAGGACUAGUACUGCAACUUCAACCAAGCCAGGGGACCGGGUCAAAAGAGGAUGGGUCUGGAAUCAGUUCUUUGUAGUGGAGGAAUACACCGGCACGGAGCCACUGUAUGUCGGGAAGAUCCACACAGACUCAGACGAAGGCGAGGGGAACAUCAAAUACACCAUCUCGGGUGAAGGCGCCGGGACCAUCUUCAUUAUCGACGAACUGACCGGAGACAUCCACGCCACGGCUCGUCUGGACAGGGAGGAGAAGGCUUUCUACACCCUGAGAGCCCAGGCGCGGGACAGGCUCUCCAACGACCCCCUGGAGCCUGAGUCUGAGUUCGUCAUCAAGGUGCAGGAUAUCAAUGACAGCGAGCCCAAGUUCCUAGAGGGGCCCUACAUCACCAGCGUGGCAGAGCUGUCGCCGAUCGGCACAUCUAUAAUGAAAGUGACGGCCAUAGACGCAGAUGACCCGACGUAUGGUAGCAGUGCCAGAGUGGUCUACAGCGUCCUGGACGGAGAGAGGUUUUUCUCUGUGGAGAAACACACAGGAAUCAUCAUGACGGCUGUGGCAGAUUUGGACCGUGAAACUCAAGAUCGCUAUGAGCUGGUCGUCAAGGCAACAGACAUGGCAGGACAACUGGGCGGGCUCUCCGGCUCCACCACGGUGACCAUAGUGAUCACGGACGUUAAUGAUAACCCUCCACGCUUUCCUCAGAAGAUGUACCAGUUCACGGUAUCAGAGGGAGCAGCUGUGGGCACGCCAGUCGGACAAGUGAUGGCUACAGACGCGGACAUGGGCGAAAACACGGACAUGACCUAUCUGAUUAAAGAGGGAGGAGAUCUCUUCAAGGUCAGCACCAACGUCGAGACCCAGGAAGCAGUGGUCUCCAUCAAGAAGCCUCUGGACUUCGAGACCAAGCGCACACACAAUGUGGUGGUGGAGGCGGUGAACAAGCACGUGGACCCUCGCUUCGUAGACCUGGGCUCGUUCAGGGACCAGACCAUCGUGAGAGUGAGCGUGACGGACAUCGAUGAGCCUCCUAUGUUCCAGCCAGCAGAGGGCACUGUGCUGGAGGUGCAGGAGGACGCCAAAGUGGGGGCGCUGGUGGGCGUGGUCACCGCACGAGACCCGGACAUCACGAACAAGCCUGUCAGGUUUUCCAUUGAUCGGACCACAGACCAGGAGAUGAUCUUUCACAUAGAUCCGGACACAGGUGCCCUCACGCUGGGCAAGAUCCUGGACCGGGAGACCGCCGGCUGGCAUAACAUCACAGUCAAAGCGGUGGAAGCAGAGAAUCACGCCAUGGCGUCGCACACAUCGGUGAACAUUCGGAUACUGGAUGUCAACGACAAUCCCCCUGAACUGGCCCUACCGUACGAAGCCUCCAUAUGUGAAGACGCCAAGCCCGGACAGUUGAUCCACACCAUCAGCGUGGUGGACAGGGACGAGCCACAGACAGGACAUCGCUUCUACUUCACUCUGGCUCCAGAAGUCGCCAACAACCGCCACUUCACCCUGUGGGACGUCAAAGAUAACAGCGCUGGGAUCCGUACGAAACGCACGGGCUUCAAUCGUCACGAGCAGAACGUGUACAUCCUGCACAUCCUGGUCGUGGACUCAGGCCCACCAUCACUGAGCUCCACUGGGACACUGACCAUCCACGUGUGCGGAUGUGACCCAGAGGGAGCCAUUCAGUCAUGCAACGCCACAGCGUACGCGAUGAGUGCGGCUCUGAGCCCGGGGGCCCUGAUAGCUCUUCUGGUGUGCAUACUCAUCCUCAUAGUGCUGGUUCUUCUCAUCCUGACUCUGAAGCGCCACCGUAAAGGCCAGCGCAUGACCGAGGAAGAGGAGGACAUGCGCGACAACGUCAUCAAGUAUAACGACGAAGGCGGCGGCGAGCAGGACACGCAGGCCUACGACAUGAGCGCCCUACGCAACCUCUACGACUUCCCCGAGUCCAAGGGCUCCGAACCGGGCCCCGAUAUCCGAUCUUUACCCCAGUGGAUCCAGACCAACCGCCACAACGGGACCACGUUACGGACGGGGGCGGAGACCAACGCGGUGGCCAGCCUGGGCGUGGAGGCGGUCGCGGCGGAUUUCUCGCUUUUCAAGGGUUACAUCAAGAAGAAGGUGGAGCAAGCGGACGCGGAUCUGUCAGUCCCGCCGUAUGAUUCGUUUCAGACCUACGCGUUCGAAGGCUCCAGUUCGCCAGCGCUGUCCUUAAGCUCUAUCCACACACUCUCCACCACAUCAGAGCAGGAUUUUUCCUACCUCAGCGACUGGGGGCCGAGGUUCAGGCAGCUGGCGGGCUACUAUGCUCCCGGGAAUCUUGAGGAAGAGGGGUCCUAGCACAGCAGACCAGGAUAGACUACUAAAAACUGCU